UUUUGUAUUUUGAUUCUAUUCUUCUGAGAAACUAUGACAAUGAGAGACUUUUCAUUUUAUCAAAAAGCUUUAAUCGUACAAGGAAAUGGCAGGGAGAUGUGGCAGAUGGAUUAUUAUCGGGGCAAUCCAGUCUUCUUUGUUAUCAUCAACAACUCCAAAUUACAGAAAGUGCCAGAGGGGUUUUUGAAGCAUUUGAAUGAAGACUUUCAGAAUGCAGUUCUUAUUGGUCCUUCUGGUGAUAAUUGGCAAGUGACUAUUUUGAAGAAAGGAAAUAACAUUUAUAUGCACAAUGGUUGGCCACAGUUUCUGACCGACAACUCAGUGAUGAUUGAUGAUUUCUUGCUUUUUACAUAUCAUGGAGGGAACUGCUUCCAUGUUCAAAUAUUUGGUAAGAAUGGAUUGGAGAGGUUAUGUUUCAAGCAAACAAGACAAGAUCAAGUUCUGAUCCCAAGUUUGGUGAGGACAAAGAAGAACACUCACAGAAGAACUUCUUCCAGUCCAUUCCUCCACCAAGCCAAGCCUUGUAAAAAAGGUUUGUCUUUCAGCAACAAAUUCUCAUUUUCAAAGCUCAAGAGUUCAGUUAAAAUUGAAAGUUCAGAAGCAUGUUACUUGGCAGAUUCUUUUACCUCUCGCAACCCUCACUGGAAGCACCUCAUGACUAAAUGCAAUGUAGAAGAUCACUGCACACUGAAAGUUCCAAAGGAGUUUUUGAAGAAUUUGAAUGAAGACUUGUCGAGUAAUGCAGUUCUCAGUAGCUCUUCUUCUGGUGACAAGUGGCAAGUGAGUUUUCUAAAGAAAGGAAGCCAAGUGUAUAUGCAAAAUGGUUGGCCACAGUUUGUGACAGAUAACUCAAUUGUGCUUCAUGAUGUACUGCUUUUUACGUAUCAUGGAGAGAACUGCUUCCAUGUUCAAAUUUUUAAUAAGAAUGGAGUGGAGAGGUUAUGCCUCAAAGAAACAACACAAGAACAAGCUGCCAUACCAGAGAAGACUACUCAUGUAUCCAAGUCUCAUAAAAAAGAUAUGCCUUGCGGAAACAAGGGCUUCAUUUUUACUGGUUCUGAGACAAUGAAAACAAGUCAAAAACAAACUGCCACCCCAAGUUUGGCAAAGAAGAAUAAAGAAAGAAAAUUUUCUCCUGGAAAGUUUCAUCAAGAAGACUUGUCUCCUCCGAAGGACUUCCCUACUCCUCAGCAUUCAGUUGACAUUGAAAGUUCGGAAGCAUUGAAAUUGGCCGAGUCCUUUACCUCUAGCAAACCUUAUUGGAAGCACCUCAUGACAAAAUGUCAUGUGGAAGGUCGUUGCGUAUUGCCUAUUGCUACUAAGUUUGCCAGAAAGUAUAUUCCUGAAGAAGUGAAACAGAUCCAUAUUGGAAAUUCCGAAGGAACACUUUGGAAAGUUCAUGUGAGUUGGUCUAGAGGUUAUGCUCACUUCGCUACAGGAUGGUCAAAUUUCGUUCGUGAUAACAAGCUCAUGAGAGGUGACACUUGCAUAUUUGAACUUGAAGAAAACCUUCAUUUGAGGGUUCACAUAUUCAAAACCAGAUGUGCACCAAGUUAAUCUGGAUCCACUGUUCUUGACAAACUUGAGCUAUAUUCCAAAUGUCUAAUUCUGCAUUGCAUUAUCUUCAGUUUAUCAUUAUUAUCAUUGUGUGAAACUACUUCCUUUUUAUUAUGUUAUUCAUGAUGGAUUCUUAGUAGUUUUAUUAUCUGUCAAUCUUAACGUUAAUAUAUAUCUUCUUUUCUCAAGUAGCAGUACAUCCAAUAGUCUCACUUCUGAAGUCAAGAAAAAUUCAAACACUCCUAAUACUCCUUCCUUCUUCAACUCUCAGAAGUGGUAAUACAUUGCAAUCCCUAACCACUGCAACCAUUACAAUACCA